AUGUAUAAACAGAAAUUUAUUAUUCUGGAUAAAUCGCCGGUAUGCAAAACCGUCGACAAUCCAAAACGUCGUAGUAAUGUAAACGAUAAUCUGCCGUCUCAUGAACCGUAUCUGCCAAAUGUAAGAAAUUCAGUCUUUUACAACUGCUCGAAACUGGAAUGUAAUAUUGUUACAGUACACUCGCUAACACAAGUAGCAUCACCUCUGCCGACGCUGAAAUAUUGCUACUUAGAAACCACAGAGAAAUACAGAUGCGAACCAUUAAAGUAUUACCAUUUUAAAAACAUCGAUAAGCUUUUAUUUUUAAACAACAAUAUUCCGCAUAAAUCAUUCUAUUUAAUAGAUUGUUUAGCGUACGCAGAUGGUGGGCGUUUAUGCGUUAGGAAGGACGAAGCUGACUCACAUACCAAAUUGGUAGAUAUUGGUAACUUAAUGAGGCCGAACGACACAAACGUAUUGUCACAGGAAGAAUUUCUGUGCGAGGAGUCUAAGUUAAAGAUGAUCAACUGUGAUCGUGAUCUUUACGUGCCCUAUCAGGACGGCUUGAGAGACAAGGAACGGAUUAAAUUAGAUGAUAAAAUUCUUUUGAAAAUAGAUUACGAAGUGAUUUCCUUAAACCAUAAUUGUAUUGACACUUGGUGUGGAUACACCGGACAAAUAAGACCCACGCGAAGAUAUCAACCACCUGGAGGCAAAAUUUAUAGAUGCUUCUACGCUAAUAGACAGCAAGUUUGCAAAGAAAUUGAAAGGAGUUACUACAAUGAACGUGAUUGGUUAAUACGAUAA